CUUGGUAAAUUAAUAAGUUAAUUAAAAUAACUAAUAAACAUAGUUAAUUAAUAAUAAAUGUAUUAAUUUCGUAAAAAUAAAUCCUCUAAUUAAUUAUAAAUAAUAAAAUAAAAAUCAAUACUUUUACAAUAAAAUAAAACAAAAAAAAAUGGUGUCUUUAUAAGUAACCUAAAAUUACACGUUUUUUAAAAAUAUAAAAUAAAUAAUAAAUAAUUGUCAUAAUGUACAGUCGUGUGUUGCGUAAUUUAUUAAAUACAAGAAAUAAUUAUCCGUUAAUAAAAUUAGCGAGUGAAUUUAAAAAUAUAUUUAUUUCACAAGGGUUCAAAAAUAAUUAUCGUUGGAAUUUUACAUCAUCAGCACCCUAUGGGUCACCGAAACAUGGCAAAUCCGGGCCACCAGAGCCUAGUGAAUUAUUGAAACCAGUGGAUGCUUCGAAUUUAAAAACGAAAGAUCAAUUGGCGGAAAUGAGAAUGAAAGAAUUUUUAAAAAAUCCUGACAAUGAAAAACACUACAAAAUUUUGGAACUUGAACUUGAAGUCAUGAGACAGAGCGGAGAAUUAGUACCCAGUCAUCUAAAACCUCGUGAUUGGGUCGAACUUCUGCUGAUAACGUCACGUCAAAGAAGAAAACGUUUCUUGGAAUUCUUAUUCGGUCUUGAGAUGAAAGAAAAAAAUGCGGCAGAAAAACGUAAAAUUAAAGCUGAAGAAAGAGUGAAAACUCUGGACGCUCUAGAAGAUCCUGGGAUUCCAGAUUAUUUGCAGUACAAACUGGGAGGGAACAACAUGUUCAUAAGAAUCCGUGACAACACGAUGAACCAAAUGUACAAUUGGCGGCUGAUGCGCGCGAUGAUGUUCAGCCCAAAACUGGUGCUCGACUGCGGCUACGAAGACAAAAUGACGCGAGUUGAAACUAAGAACUGCGCCAAGCAACUGAUGUUCGCCUUCGCAGCAAACCGCGAGUCCGAUGACCCCUUGGACGUCCACUUUUGUAACUUCAACCAGUCAGGUCUUUUACACGAGGAGUUAUACAGUUUCAUACCCACGAUGUACGAGCCUGAUUUUCCGAUAAACAUCACCCAGAAAUCGUACCUCGAUUUGUUUCCCAAAGACAAGUUGGUCUACUUGACACCCGAUUGCCAUCAGACGAUGGACAAUUUCGAUGCAGAAGCGAUUUAUAUUGUCGGAGCAAUUGUUGACAAAGUUGCUGGGAGUCCCAGUUCUCUAGCGAAAGCUAAACGGGAAGGUCUCCGUAUGGCCAAGUUACCAAUCGACAAGUAUCUGAGCUUCGGUGGUGGUUCUGGUAAAUCAUUGACCAUCAACCAAGUCGUUGCCAUUCUUAAUGACCUGUACACUACCCGCGACUGGCCUCAUGCGUUACGUCACGUGCCCAGACGUAAAUUACACGAUAAUCGUCAACAGCAACUGCAGAAACGUCUGAGUUACUAUUUGAGCAGCCCAGGAAAUGACACUGAUGUAAGAAGUUUAAGAGACUUUACUCUCAACUCGAGAAAUAAAUUUCGCGCUAAAUAA